GAGUCACCGACGUUGCCGCCAUCAGGACCUCGUAGACAACGUCAAAGGGCGGUGCUGUUCCCACACGUCCUUCAUCAUCACCGUGGUGAUCAUGGAAGGCCAACUGAUCUACGGCUUGCAUGUAACGAGAACUUUGAGGCUAUAAGAUCCUACACGUCAUGCUCUUCCUUCCAAAGAACUAUGUAAUUAUGCUCUCGAUCCUGCUGGCCUUGCUAUUCUUGCCAGGCUCUACCAGGGCCUUCGAGAUAUUCGCUCCUUUAUUCGCCCACACAAAUGAGACCGCUACCGCUACGUGGAUCCGCAGCGAAUGGGAUAAAGGCGAUUUCGUCGUUGCUCUGCGCUCUAAUUUGAGCCAAAGCGACGAAAUUGUUGGGGAUGCUCCGAGUAACUCGUCGUCUGGGACGAUAAAUUUAAACUUUACCCACCGUGGAGUCUACUUUGUGGCGAUUGGGACAUUCGACACUAAAUUUAUUCCAAUACAAUUCAGCCUUCCAGUAGUGGUGGGAAUAGACGAGAAUCCUACUGUUCCAUCCCAACCGGAGACGUCUAACCCCCAAUCUUCCGCAAGUCCACGCCCUCUGAAUACUGCUCCUUCCACGUCAGCUUCGGCAACUUCAGAGUCGCUGCAUCACGCUACUUCAUUCUCCGCCUUGCCCACGUCGGAUCCAAUCUCGAGCUCGAGCUCAAGCACUGUAGUCUCUAGCUCUUCGGCUCCAGUAUCUGCUGAUAGUCACAGCUUAUCAUCUAGCGUCUCGUUCACAUCGGGACCUGUUACUGUUCCGAGCACAAGCACUACGAUAUCAAGCCCUUCGGCUGUAAUAACUACUACCAGUCAGAGCGCAUCGUCUAGCCCCACGCUGGCAUCGACGUCUGUUAGUGUAAGCUCAAACACUGUGGCAUCUAGCUCUUUGACCGUGCAAGUUAAUAUUGAUGGCCAGAGCACAUCGUUUAGUCCCUCGUCUGCAUUGGGCACCAUCAGUGUUUCAAGUUUGGGCACUACGCCAUCUACCUCUUCGGCCCCAAUACCUACUGAUAGUCAAAGCACGCGUUCCCCCACACCGGGAUCUGUCACUGUUCCAAACACAAGCAGUGCGACUUCAAGCCCUUUGCUCUCGAUACCUAUCAGUAGCUCGCUCAAUAGCAUUGACACCAACUCGGAUGGCUUACUUACGACGAGUCCUACAAGCUUCUCUUCAGCAGUGUAGGCUGAUCACUACCUCCUGGUCUUACACUUUCCCUGAAGCCUGCUCAAUGAUAUAGUAUUCUUCCAGUGGCAUCUUUUAGUGUCAUUGAUAUUAC